UCGUGUCAAACAAUCACAUGUUUCUUAAAUUUGGAAAAUGAAUAUCAUGUCUGGUUUACUGUAAUAUAUUAACCGUAACCAUACAAAUGUUCAUGGCAUUUUACAAUUGACAUUAAACAUAUCACAUUCCUAGCGUUAAAACUAUGAUAAGCUUACCUUAUGAUCUUUUUUUUUUCUUCUUUUUUUUUAAAAUCUACAGUGAAUUGGUUAAUGAUAUUUAGGAAAUCAAUGCAAACAAAACAACACUCAAAAUUCCAGAUGUUAAUGUAUGUUCUAUUUGUCUAUGUGGUCAGUAGCUAACUAAAAGUAUGUCGUAUGUAACUAUUUUUUUGUUAUAUUUGCUCAAAUUGGCAUUAUGAUCUGACAGUAGAAUAACAUACAGGUCAGUUGUCUGUGGCUCCACCCAGUGGCUGUAAUUUGGUUCGUAAGAAUCCACCUCUCCAGGAUCAACACAACCAAUCAGAGCCAAGGCGAGUGUCUGAGAGGUGUCAAUCAUUCUCGUGCACGCAGCUGGCAGCCCCACUCUCUCAUGCAGCACCUACUGGCCAGUGCCCCUCACCUGUACAGGCGCAGUGCCUGCUCUCACCUGGUCGAGCAAUAGAGCUGAAGAAUGCCCCACCAUUGCCCAUGCCAAAGAGAAGAAAUAAGAAGACUGAUGAAGAAAAGUGGUGUUAAAAGAAAGAACUGGACUGAACCAGAGACAAAACAAGGAUAAAUAUUGGAGCAUCUUUUCAGAGGUGGAGGGAGCAGCGGGAUUUCUAAGGACUCAAGUACUACGCAGAGUUGGCUGCCAUUGCAGGACAGGUUUCCGAGCGACCCCCGCUCAGGUGGAUCAGGUGACCUGCAGUGGAUGCUGAGCGGGCCCCUUCAGGACAGAGGGCAGAUGAGGACUGGCUUGGGAAACAGACCAGCGGACGUCCUACUGUAUGUCCUGGGAGAGCGCAGCGGGACGCCGCUCACCCGCUGACCUCUGACCCCUCCCAGACACAACACGACCUCCAGCUGCAGCUUCCUGGGUCACGCGGGGUCAGACACCGACGCACCGACGGGGGGGCUUCUCUGAGGUCAUUUAAAGAGGAACACUGCCCUCUGGAGGAGACUCAGUGGGGAAAGACAGACGUGCACUCUGCUAUUGUUUUACCUUCAUGCUCACUGUUUGCAGAAUUUCGCUAAGGUGGGUAGAACAUGUUGGCCUCAGGGAACUGGACUGGAUUCUGUCCUACAGCCUCCUCUGAGUGGCUCCGUUCUGUUCAACAGGAAAUGAAACUCCUCCUUUUGAGUUUUUUUUAAGAUGGAAAAUGGUAAAUGGAGCACAUUGUGAACUAGCAGAGAGAAAACAAAUCUACUAAUAGGAGGAAAAAGUGAGAGAAAACAGGAAUUACUGGACCACAGACUGUGAUCCUUAUCACCCUGCAUCAGUGGACCUGGAGACCAGAAGGGUGGAGGCUGUUGUAGCAGCACAUGAAUGCCAAACAGAGAAGAGAACGCGGCUGGUUGGAAGGGAAACAACCACAAAUAUGUUGACCAUACUGGAAUGACUAAUGAAAGCUGAGUGUUUGCUCGUGCUGACCUUUCCUUUCUGUCUCUGUCUGGAUGAACUGGAGUGAUGGAGGCAGGUGUAACGUUUGCAGGGGUCGUGAUCAAGAGAUGAGAAACACAGAAUUUAGUUACCCAACCAAGAAGUUGCCGUUUUACCUGUUACGAAGACUGUCCUUUGUAUCUGGACCCCUGAAGAUUUUGUAUUCAGCUUCAGAUGUUUCUGCACCUUCAGUCAGUCACUCGUGGAUAAAAAACAGUGUCACACAUAUCCUCCCGUGCUCAGCCAGGGAAAGAAAGGUGUGUAAAUGUCUGUUCGACUUGCAAAUGACCUGAAAAUGAAACAGUGAUAACGCCAAAGGCAGCUUCUUCACGGAACAAUGUUAGCUGAAAAGCCGGUAAUGCAACACACUGUGACACCAAUUGACACAGUGUAAAAUAUGAUAAUUUCGCUUAUUUGAUUGUUAUCUACGCAUUUUGUAUUGUGUAAAUGAAUACAUGUUGUUUGCAAUUUGCAGGUAGUCCAUGUAACUGCAUGUUAAGUAACUUUGACUGAUAUUUCAAAGCCUUGAAAAAUAAAACCAAAGCUACCUGCAUGACUACAAGCCACCAGUGGAGGGUGAGGAAAUGUGUAUUGUUUUGACGUUACCUCACCUGAUGAUACUGCAAAAAUGUUGUUUUAUCCUGCAGAUUCUAAGAAUCUUAAGGAGGAAAUACACAGCUGCAUUGUAUGAAGAAGCAAAAUGAGGAACGAGAUAAAUAAAAGGAAGAAGAAGAAGAAGAAGUGGGAUGUGUAAACACAGAGAGGCAGACAGACUGGAGGUUUCUAGAUCAGACAAGAUGGAUGAGCUGGAAGAGAGAAUAAAAUGCUUCUUCUUUCUUUCCCUCAAACUUUUUCACUUCUCGCCGCUCUGCCGUCAAAGCUUUGCAGACAGACAGAGGGCAGUAAUGAAUGAGUGGAUGUUCUUCAGCUAAAUUCUCUUCGCCCAGCAACUGACUGACACGCACACACACACACAAACACACACACACCUCAUAUCAUUCCUACGGUGUUCAGCAUUUUGUCCCCUGUACCUCUCCUUCACCCCGACUCCCAGAUUCAUUCAUCUUUGUUUCAUCCCUCCAUCGCACUGGGUGUUUGGGGGGGAGCUGUGGCGGUCAUUGGCGAGGUGUCGUCCCACCGUCACUCGGUCAACUUCCUGUCUGAGGGAUUAGUCGUCACAAUGCAGGACAAAGGAAAAGGCGAAAAGCGUCUCUUGGUCUUUUGUCAUUCGUACACGACGUCUCAGCCUUUCUGUGCCCUUUGAUGUGCAUCCCACGCUUCUUUUUACAAUCUGUGUGUGUGUGUCGUCCACCCUUUCUUCCAAGUUCAGACUGACCCCAAAUUUGUGUGUGUGUGUGUGUGUGUGUGUUUACAUGAGUUUGCCAUGUCGUUUUCUGUAUUUGCAUGUUGUGUUUGCGAGCUUUGUGUGUGUGUGUGUGUGCAGUCAUUGCGGCUCCAGGCCCUCAUGCGUCAGAGGGCCUUUCUCUCCCUGUGGCCCCUGAGCAAACAUAUUAAGAACUACCUUAUCACUGCUUAUACAGCCAGGGCCACACACACAACACACAAAUGUUAAAUACAAUCACACACCGCAUUCACAAAAAGAUAGCUUUGACUCCAAGCACACAAAGCUCGCCGCCAAACUCCCCAAAUGUCACCGAUCCAUCGAGGAGGAAGGGGCGGGGCUAGAGAGCCGCACUCAGGUAUUGGUCGAAGCUGAGCCAUCAGUCAGACGGUCCAGGGCAAACUUGGGUUUAUAAGGGCGAGAUUGCUCGGGAUCGUUAGGAAAAGGACCGCACCGACAAACUGUUGACAAGCCUUCUUCAAGAGGCGCAUCCAUGGAAAAUGAACGGAGUGACUAGCUUUGUUAUAUUGAUCAGAAGAAAGAUAUUUUACUGUAUAUUUGUAGGUAAGAGGUAGAGCUGAAGUAGACGAACACCAACGUUUGGUUGAAAAACAAGAAAAGUUCAAACAUUUCUUGACCCAUCACUGAAAAAGGUUUUCUGGAAUCAACAGAACUUCAGAGGACAAGUAACUAAAUAUCCAAAGGAGCGGAAACAAGAAGAACAAGGUAUCUCAAACAAACUGAUCUGAUCUGAAAUCACCUUAUUAAACUUUUUAAUCAUCUUCUCUGAUGUCUAAACCAUCUGAGACACAUCCAACAGAAAGACAGAGGAAUGAGUUGAUGACAAGGAACAACACAGUUUGAGAACCUGUCGUCCUCCUGGAACGAAAACCUGACAAAACUUUGGAAGAAAGUCAACAAUAGCUUCAAUUGAUAGAAAAUAACUUCCUAUACUUUUCAACCGCUCAGUAACAGCCGCCAUGCUUAACAGUGCAGCACUAACAUCUGUGAUGAGGGUAGCCUUGAUGAUGCUGAUGAUUCUUGGGACAGGAGUGGAGGCAGCACCCACCGAGAGAGCUUUUGUGAAAACUCCACAUCCUCUUCCUGGUCUCACUCAAGCAACAGCUGUUCCACAGAAGCCUUCAGCACUGAAUCCAAGUCAGUACCUGAAAUACUGGCUCCUGAGAACCAAAGCAGCCAGAGUGGAUGGGACAACAAGAAUCACUGACAGAACCACUACUGGGACUAUUACGGCGGGUACUAGGGCAGGGCGACCCAGGACCAGCACUGGGACGGCCAGCCCGGAUAAACGAGCCCAGAUGCUGAAGAUGAUCUCAGCCCUGGAGGAGCUGCACAGGACAUUUAACAGCACACUGAGCUCACGGAUCACCAUCAUGUCACGAGCAAAUGGCAGAAAUUCAGGAAGAAAAAACAAAGUGCCUCCAGCUGCCGAUGGCGGAGUGAAGCUCACCACUGCAGCCCCGGCAGCAGUCAACAGCACCGCGUCCAGAGCGAGUGCAGAUGACAUCGUGCCCAGUCUGACUGGUCGAAACUUCAAGAAGUCCCUCCCUCCGCAGGCCAAGAAGACCAACAAAAGAGUGUGUUUCUGGAAGUACUGCUCCCAGAACUGAUUCUCAACCACUGCUGACCUGUCCAGCUCUAGUCUCCCUCCACCCUCUCCCACCUUUUCUUCUUCCUUACCCAUCCAUCGAUUAUCUUCUCCCUUCCAUCCAUCCAGACUACAUUUACAUUUACAUGACUUGGCCAAGACAGAGCCAAGCUGUGGAAAUGUCUUCUUGUUGUUACAGACACUUGUUAAUGGUCAGUGACAACAGCGGUUGUUCGCCCCCCUUUAAAACCACAAAUUGUCAUUUUUACAGUUUGGUUUUAGCCAUUUGGUGGAUUUUGUUAGCUUCGGACAGAGCUAGGCCAGCUCUUUUUCCCCUGUCUACAGUCUUUAUGCUAAGCAAAGCUAACUAGCUGAUGGCUAUAGUUUCAUAUUAACUGAAGAAGAUGAUAAAUGUUAAUCGAAAUGAACCAGAAGCUCUGAACCCUGGUUUCAUCCACCCAUCCAUCCCUCCAUCCAGUCUCCCUCCCUCUCAUCUGGCUCCUCUCUGACCUCUGAGUGCUAGGAGACUGUUGCUGUGACAUCGGGAAGCCCCGCACCUCCCCCCGACACCGGCGCCAGCCUCAACUCGGACCUUUUUAUUCACUCAUUAAUUAACAAGACUGACCAAUCAAAGAUGACGAUGUGUGCUCGUGGCAGAGCGCAUGAACAAAACCCCUUAACACUUUAUUCUCCUUGUAAGACAGACACACGUUGUUUUAAUGUGUGCACCGACUUGAAAAUAAAGUUGAGCAUGGCGAAAGCCAAC